CUCACCGCCAGCUCCGUAACAGAGACAUAGGAACAUCUGCUUCUAGAAGAAGGCUUCUGGGCACUUCUAGAUACACAUUUACCUUGUCCUUUGAAGUAGAAUCAUGGGUGCAGUCGUUCCUACAGCAGAAGAGCAAACCAUCAUUACACCGGAGCACGGCCCCUCAGCCCCGCCGGACCUCCGCUUCCUCCACUACAACGAUGUCUACCACAUUGAUGCCUCGUCAGCAGAGCCGGUAGGCGGUAUUGCACGAUUCCAGACGCUGGUGAAGUACUAUAAGGAUGAUGAGCGGUUCAAGGGGCAGCCGAGGCUGCUCACCUUCUUCUCGGGUGAUGCGUUUAAUCCGAGCUUGGAGAGCAGUGUGACGAAGGGUAGUCAUAUGAUUCCUGUCCUCAAUGGUAUAGGGACUGAUGUUGCUUGUGUCGGGAACCACGAUCUCGACUUCGGCGUCAGGCAAUUCCGUCACCUCACCUCGCAAUGCAGAUUCCCCUGGCUCCUGGCCAACGUCCUAGAUCCUGCCCUCGGCGACUCCGUCCCACUGGGCAAUGCCCAGAAGACGGUUAUGCUCACCUCUUCGAACGGAAUCAAGGUUGGCGUGAUAGGCCUUGCUGAGCGCGAAUGGCUCGACACGAUCAAUUCUCUCCCACCGAACAUCAUAUACCAGUCAGCGUCCAAAACGGCGAAGGAGCUUAUACCGGGGCUGAAAGAGCAAGGCGCAGAGAUCAUCGUAGCGGUUACUCAUCAGAGAGAACCGAAUGACAACAAGCUGGCUGAAUUGACAGGCGGCGGUCUGAUUGACAUUGUGCUCGGUGGACAUGACCAUUAUUAUAGCCAUAGCUUCAUCAAUGGGACGCACGUUCUCAGAUCGGGCACGGACUUCAAGCAGUUAAGCCAUAUUGAGGCGUGGAGGAAGCCGGAUGGUCAGGGGUGGGAUUUCAAAAUCACGAGGAGGGAUGUUGUGAGCAGUAUACCGGAAGACAAGGAUACGGUGGUGUUGGUGGAUAAGCUGACGGCGAAGUUGAGGGAGCAUUUGAAUAAGCCGGUUGGUUAUACAGCAGCGCCUCUCGACGCCCGCUUCGUCACCGUCCGCACCAAGGAGUCUAAUAUGGGCAACUUCGUCACUGAUCUCAUGAGGUACUACUACGAUGCCGACUGCGGUAUCAUGGCAGCCGGCACGAUACGAGGCGACCAGAUUUACCCUCCCGGUCUAUUACGCUUGAAAGACAUCAUCAACUGCUUCCCCUUCGAAGAUCCCGUAGUCGUACUCAAGGUCACCGGUAAAGCCAUCUGGGACGCACUAGAAAACGGCGUGUCCAGCUAUCCUGCAUUAGAAGGCCGCUUCCCCCAAGUUUCCAACAUAACCUUCACAACCGACUACUCCCUCCCCCCUUACUCCCGCAUCCUCACCGCCCACAUCGACGGCGCCCCCAUUGACCUCCAGAAAGAGUACGUCCUCGCGACGCGCGGCUACAUGGGCCGCGGCAAAGACGGCUACACGUCCCUCCUCAUCGAGGAAGAAGGCGGCACCGCAAAGGUCCUCGUCUCCGAGGAGAACGGCGUGCUCAUCUCGACCAUUUUGCGGCAAUACUUCAUGUCGCUCAAGGUGCUGGGCAAAUGGAAGUACUGGGGUCCAAGCAUGGACAGGAAGUUCGGUCGCAUGCAGGGGAAUUUGAAAAGGACGCAUGAGUUCUUGGAGCCGAAGACGGGGGGGAACUCACCUGUGGCGGCCACACAUCUCGAUCGCGACCAGAGCAAUGGUAGUGAUAUGGCGAGGUGGGAACUCCCGGCCUCGUGUCCGCGCGAUUCGGAAACCUACCUCGACGAGAACGAAGAUGAAGAAGAUGGUGCGGAGUACGAUGAUAAUCAGCCGAUCAAGUUCUCGGAACGGGAGUGCGACUUGCUGAGGAGAGUGAUGAAUAAAUGGUGGCGGUUGGCGGGGUUGAAGGGGAGUCCGAGGUUGUGCGAUGCGCUCGGGGGUGAGGAGUUGCAGGUCAAUUGGACGAGGGCGAUUGCGCCGCGGUUGGAGGGGAGGAUCAGGGAGGUUAAGGCGGGUGAGACGUAGGGGUGAUGGGUUUUGCGCUGCGUGUUGGAGGCUGGACAUGGGUGAGCGGUCGCUCUGGGAUAUAAACUCCAGAUUAACUCGAGAAGAUAGACAGAGAGUGUGGUACUAAAAAGAUACUCGUAUCAACAAAUUCGCCAAUUACCACUCUCUGAAUAGAAAUCGACUUGGAUGCCAU